AUGUGUAGACUUAAUAAGAAAUUAAUCAAAAAUCGUAAAUUAGAUAAAAUUACUAAAACAAAAAUUAAAGAUGAAAUUAAUACUAAACUAGUGGAGAAAGUUGAAAAACCAAAUGUUGAAAAUAGUAAUAAGAAAUUAGUGACUGUACAUGAGAGAGAUGAUAAAGUAGUGAGUGGACAUGAAAAUAAGGAACUAAUGAGUGGACAUGAGAAUAGUUUGAGUAAUGAAUUAAUGAGUGGAUAUGGAUAUGUAUGUAGAAGUAUACAAUUUAUGAUGAUAAGAAAUUAUAUGAUAUUACGUUUAAUUAAUGAAGGUUCUUCUGGUAAAGUUUAUUUGGCUCUUGAUGAUAAACGGAAAUUUUUUGCAUUGAAAUUUAUUAAUAAAACUCUUGAUUUUCAUACAUAUACUAAAAUUAGAGAUGAAUUGGAGAUAAGUUAUAGUGUGAAGCAUGAGAAUAUAGUUGAAACUAAUGUGAUAUUGGAGACAAGACGUAGUUUAGUGUUGGUGAUGGAAUAUUGCUCAGGAGGUGAUUUAAUUACAUUUAUUAGAAGAAAUGGUUCAAUAAGUGAAGAAAGAGCUAGAAAUGGAUUCAAGAUGAUUUUAAACGCUAUAAAAUAUCUACACUCACAUAAUAUCUAUCAUAGAGAUAUCAAACCUGAAAAUCUACUCAUUCAAUCUAACAAAUUGAAAUUAUGUGAUUUUGGAGCAUCGAUAAGGAUUCGGAGUGAUGUAAGAUUAUUUGAGACUGUUGGUACAAUGAGUUAUGCUGCUCCUGAAGUGUUAGAUGGUACAUGUGGUUACUAUGGUGAGAAGGCUGAUGUUUGGAGUCUUGGAGUAGUAUUAUAUGCUAUGGUAUUUGGACAAUUACCAUAUACUACAAAAGAAGAUAAUGUCAAAUCAGUACUGAACAAAAUAUUAACUACGAAAUUGACAUUUCCUAGUAGAAAAAGUAUAGAAAUUGUUAAAUUAAUUAAACAAAUGUUACAAAUCGAACCGAGUAAACGUAUAUCAAUACAACACAUCACAACACACCCGUGGAUAAUUAAUAAUGAAGAAAAUAAGAAUAUAGAAAUUACAUCAAAUAUUAACACAAUUAAUAGUAAUAAUGUAAAUGGUGAAAUAUUAAGUAUAGUAAUGGAUAAUAUAAUAUAA